AUGUCCGACAUUGUUCAUCCCACCAUCAAAGAUGGCUGGUUCCGGGAGAUUUCCGACAUGUGGCCCGGCCAGGCCAUGACCCUCAGGGUCGACAAGGUCUUGCAUCACGAAAAGAGCAAGUACCAGGAUGUUCUCAUCUUCAAGUCGACCGACUACGGCACUGUUCUGGUCCUGGACAAUGUCAUCCAGGCUACCGAGCGCGACGAGUUCUCCUAUCAAGAGAUGAUCACUCAUCUUGCCAUGAACUCCCACCCCAGCCCCAAGAAGGUCCUGGUCAUUGGCGGUGGAGAUGGCGGCGUCCUUCGCGAGGUUGUCAAGCACGACUGCGUUGAGGAGGCUACUCUGUGCGACAUUGACGAGGCCGUCAUCCGCCUUUCCAAACAGUACCUCCCCAAGAUGGCUGAGGGCUUCAACCACCCAAAGUCCAAGGUCCACGUUGGCGACGGCUUCAAGUUCCUCGACGACUACAAGAACUGCUUCGACGUUAUCAUCACCGAUUCUUCUGAUCCCGAGGGGCCCGCCGAGAGCCUUUUCAAGAAACCGUACUUCCAGCUUCUCCAUGAUGCCUUGCGCGAUGGCGGUGUCAUUACUACCCAAGGUUCCGAGAACCAGUGGCUUCACCUGCCUCUCAUCACGCAGCUCAAGAAGGACUGCAAGGAGAUAUUCCCCGUUGCCGAAUACGCCUACACCACCAUACCUACCUACCCUUCUGGACAGAUUGGCUUCAUGGUGUGCUGCAAGGACGCCAACCGCAAUGUCCGCGUUCCUCUCCGCCAGUGGACUCCUGACGAGGAGGAGGACAAAUGUCGCUACUACAAUGCGGAGAUCCACAAGGCCAGCUUCAUCCUGCCCACUUUUGCUAAGAAGGCUCUGGAGUAA